AGACCGCAAAGCGAUCAUCAUGACACCUGACAGUAUUGCACAACCCGCUUGACAUUAACCUCUUACAUUAACCUUGGCUUAAAUUAGCUAUGUUUGAAGUUAGCCUCUUGCCCCGUGGUUCCUUCCAAAUUCUUGGAUUCUUCGUAUGUUUUCGAGUCCUGCAUUACUUUGUGUGUCGUUUUGGAUCACUUCCUACUUCGAUCGCCUCGGCUCCCCCGAAAAAGAUAUGGAUUUACAGGAAUAUCGUCAUUUCUUUUAUCCAUGCUUGCAUUGCAGCUUUCUUGUCAUUGUACAGGUAGGAUAUUGCGAAUAACUGGAAUAUAUAGAAUAGGAUAGAACUCACUCUGUUGCCCAAGGCCUGUUGUGCGUUAAAUUGACCGUUAAUGUAUCUAUGGUCACACGAUCACGCUCGCACAUGCACAAUCGACAUGCACAAUCGAAUCUUUGAUUCGUACAGUAUCAAAUUUCCUCAGAAUCCUAGUAGCACCUAUUUUCCCACAUUCUCUUUAUUUUAAUAUAUCAGUAAACGUUCAAUGUCACCUUUAUUACGUGUAAUGAGAAAAUAGUAAUAUAAUAGGCUGAAACGGUACUGUCCUGCAGUUAAAUUUAAUGUAAGUGUUAAUGAUAAUAAUGGUCACAGUUAUAACAAUGGUAAUAAUAAAAAUAUCACUGCUGUUGCUGUAACAUUGGAAGUUACUGUUCAAUUUCUUUACCAAACACAGCAUGGAUGCUUUCAAAUCGGCACCUAGUUGUUUGCCUUUGUACCACUCACUGAGUUUUUAUCCCCUUGUGUGUUAUUUAUUUAUUUAGUUAUUUUUAUUUAAGUUUAAUUAUUAUUUUUUUAUUUUAUCAAUUUUUUAUAUAUGUAUUUUUUUAGCAUUCAAAGUGAUUCAAAACCUUCGUGAAUGAACUAAGUAUAUGGUUGUAAAUAAAUUGUAAGCUAAAAGUACUUGUUUCAUGGAACCAGCUUGUAGAGUUGGGGAAAUGGGAAAACAGUAGUAAAAAGAAAAAGAAUGAGAAAUAAGUCAGAUAAUAACAUUAUUUUGCUGGGACUUGCACCCAAUUUAAUGACCAGCUUGCAGUUGGUUUGGUUAGUGUGGCGCUGCACUGAUAUCGCAUAUAGGACUCAGUGUUUGAAUCCUGGCAAUCCUGAAUUUUUCACACUUUCUUUUUGCAACUGCAUAAGUUGCUUCUGUAACUGCAACAAAUGAUCUUCUUUGCAUUUAGCUUUUGUGUCUGACAAAAACCCUUUAAAGGGUAGGAUUGCACGUGCAGCUGACUAUUAUACUGCUCUCCUUUUGAUUACUUGCCCCCACUUUUGAAGGCAGGGCCUGGGAUGGAUCCAGGAUUUAGUGGAGAGAGGUUAGGAUAAAUUUUCCCAAAAAGAGUACUGUCCUAGGAGGUUCGAGGUGCAUGCUCCCCCCGGGAAAAUUUUGACAUCCAGGUCCUCAGAAUGGUGAUUUCCUGCAUUUUAAAGGAUAUUAAAAUACCCCUUUAGCUAUUUUAAACAUGAACUACUCUUAAAAAUUUACAGUAAUUGAGACCAAUAAUGAAAAUAAAUAAGUAACGGUUAUAAAUUUGUAUAUACUAUGUGCUCUAAAAAUCACUCUUGAUUUUCUUCAAAAAUGGAAUCAACAGGGCAUUUGAAACCAGGAAAGGACUCUCCUUUGUCAAUCUUUUUUUCUUUUCAUCACAGUUAUUUUUCAAAAGAUAACAUAUAGUAUUUGUUAGCGAUAUAUGUCCACCAAAGGUUUUCAUCAGAAACUGCAAGUGUUUGAACGUUUUCAUUUUGGUUUAGGGGGUUCAAAAGAACCACCCGAACCACCCCUGGAUCCGCCCCAGGACCAGAGGGCUGGCCCAUCUUAAGUAAUUUGAUUAUUGCAGGCUUAUGCAGUGACAAACAUCUUUGCACCUUAUGCAAAGAUUUGUGUGUGUCGUUAUAAACCCUAUGGGCCAAGUAUUUAAAUGAAGUCUAACUUAAGCCGCGGUUUAACAAAUCUUUGAACCUCCAGAUCUCAGUCGUUGGUGGGUUGUUUUAAGAAGCUAAAAGUUUGUCUAGUCUUCUCUCUAUACUUUCAUAAAACUCUUCACAAUAAAUGAUGUUUAGGUAAAAUUGUUGGGCAAAUUGAAAAUGACUUAGAACGCGGUUUUGUUAAACUCUGGCUAAACUACGUUUAAAUAUUUGGCCCUAUACUUUUAAAUUAAUGUUGUUUGCUUGUAGAAAUCCACCAAAUUUCAGUUGAUAUGAAAACUUACUUUGCUAUCAGGGAUCUCUAAGGUUCAUUUUCUAGUGGUUGAUAUCUCAUGUUUUAUUAAAGUAACCUUUUUAAAUACUUCUUUAUGCACACCAGCUUCUUUGAUGAGCCAGCCAUGCUGACAGACAUGAUCAAAACAUGGAGCAGUACAUCUUUUAUUUUGGUAUCAAUGUCCACUGGUAUGUUGUAUAUAAUGUACAUCAGUCAUCAAACGCAAGAGCACAGUAAUGACAACCAUCUGGGUGUCAGUGAUUGACAUUUAUCGCCUAAUGUAACAUUUAACAAUUUUUCCACAAGUGCACAUUGGAUAUGAGUUGGCUAUAAUCAUCUCAUAUCCAACAAGUGUGAGUGGACUAAUUGUUUUUUUAAAAACGCCCACAAAAUAUCGAGAAUUCUUCCCAACUUUAUUUGUAAAAACAACCAAUUUUCAGCUUGUUUUAAUUUUGACCAGACCUGUACAGUUACCAUAUUUGGAGAGCAUGGUGUAAUGGCUCAUACACCAUGAUGGCUAAGCCAAUCAGAGCUCUAGAAUUACAUUAUCCAAUGAUUCAGUUUUUAAUAAUAACAAUUAUCUUCCGUUCUUGGAUAAGGAUGUAAGACCACCUGCCUCAUCUUACAUGCAACACUCCCUCACUAUUCUGAUUCUUGUGGUACAUAAAAGAAACCACACUGCUGUUCGUAAAGAGCAGGGGACUGAAUCCUCAGUAGUGUGGUCAAUGUUAGAACAAAAACAAAAAAAUAUUUUUGCCUCUUUAUGAAGUGCAUGACUAUUGCUUCAGCAGAUCCACAUCUUGCAACCUUAUUGUACAUAACAAUCUUUUUAUGACCUGCUCUAUAGAUAAAAAAAAUGAUGUUGACAGUGUACUGCCCUUUUACGCUCUGCCACACUUAAUGACCAGUUGAACACAUGAUAAAGUAAAGAUAACUAAGCCAAGACAUGAUAAACAUUUGAGGCGCGAUAGACCUUUGUUCCUUCAUGUGAACAAAACCACCAAAUCAAGGCUUACAAGGGGUGAUAAGUUACAGUGACUAUAUCAUAAAGCCAAAAACAUAACAUAUUAUUGAGGAGCAAUAGACUUUUACAGCAUUACUGUGAGCAACAGCACCACCUCAAGUUUUCAUGGGCUGAUCAAAUACAGUGUCUAGUUUCACAUAGUUUAGUUCAUCUAGACCUAAGCCUUGACCUUGUUUCAUUUUGUGUCGUUAAUGGAGUAGAAUGGGCGAAAGGUCUGUUAAGUUGAUUAAAAAAAUGUGUGCCUGAAGAAAUUGAGUUCAUUUAUUUCCUUAUGUUAUAAGCAGCAAACUAUGUCUACAUUUCAUCUUUGAUACUGUAUUGCUGUGCUGUACCACUUGACAAUAAUAACAAGACGGUUCAUGGUGUAGCAUGAAGCGAAGGGACCGUGAAUGACCUCAUGUUCAUGGUGAUGAAGUUGUAUGGUCUUUACAAACAGUCUGAUAUUGCCACAGUAUUAAAUUCCUUUUUUCUCCUUUCAUUUCAGGCUAUUUUCUCCACGAUUUCUUUGAUAUGCUUGUUUAUGAUGCCAGGGAUUCAAUUGACCUUCUCAUUCACCAUAUUGUGGUACAGUUAUUAAUAGAUUUCAGUUAUUAUUUUUCAAGUCAUCUUUUGUUGAUUAAAUAACACUGUUUCUUGGCUGUCGGGACCAGAAGGAUUAGUUUCUGCAGGCUCUUAUCUGACGACCAUAUAACAUGCUUUGUACUAUUUAGAGCAAAGUUGCUUGUGCAUGCAUUUGGUAGCAAUGGUAUGGUGUUAAGGUUAGAGCACUCACCGCCCACCAUUGUCAGAGCUGCAAAUAACAAUGGUCAACAAUAUUGGCCAUCUAAUAAUGCACUUGAGUUUGAACAUUUGGCUUUAUUUCUAUGGUUUGUUAGACUGUAGACCUUUCAGGAUUGUUUUCUAUUAGUUAAUUAAACUACUGCCUUUUUUCUUUCUUUCUUUCUUUCUUUCUACCUUUUUCUUCUUUUUCCUAUCACUACUGAGUUAUCAAAGAGAGCCCCUCUGCUAGCAAGGAUCAUAAUUAUACUGCGGUGAAACUGUUCAACAACACCCAAUGUCUGGAGAUAAGGGAUCCUUAAUAGCAGCGAACGGCAGCGAAAACAUCGCUUAAAAAAAGAAUUCAAGUUCUUUCAAUCUUCGUUGCGAUUAUUUCAAAUCACUUACCUUGUGUGAAAGGUCUGAACCCAGGGGUCAUUUCAUAAGUAGGUUGAGUACGAUCGUCCGGGUCAACGUAGUCCUGAAUAGGACUGUUGUUGUUGACAGUAACUGACGUUUCGACAACCUGUGCGGUGGUCAUCUGCAGAGUCAAACUGAGUUGUAUCAUUUCAGUUGAUGGUAUUAAACUCUGAUUAUUGACCUGAUUGGUCAAUUAAGUCGCGAUGUUAUUGACCGUCUCAGUAAAGCCGUGAUGUUCGUAAUGUCAUUGGUGCGUUUCUGUCCGUCUGUUGUCACUGUUUAACAGUCGUUUAUUGUUAGUCAAAUUGUCAGUUGUUCAGUCGUUCUCUCGUUGUUAGUUUUGCUUAAUUCCGUCAAUAGGGACCUUACGAUCCGACAACGGCGACGCCAAUGAAAACGUCGCUGAAAAAUAAACUUUUUUGCCCUUAUACCAAGUCACUUGAAAGUAGGAAAGUUAGGUUGGAACUGAAGAGAGGGGAUCGCGUCCGAGUUCAGAGAGGAGAGUAAAAUUUAUCGCCUCGCCGAUCCCUUGCUCACGUCAACUCAAAAUUCGGUCAUUUCAAGUUGUAGUUGUGCCUUGUGUCCAAGGCAUAAGGAUAGAAGCCAUAGGCCUUCAAUUUUGCGAGCUAAAGGCGGUGGUUUAUGGCGUCAAACGCGAGAGCUUUGCUCAAGUCCACAGCGACCGCAGCUACAGCUUCCCUGUUAUCAAUACUGUUCCUCCAAUCUUUGGUCAUUUUUAGCUAUGCAGAGCAGCAAGAAUUGGUUUUCGUAAGUCCAGAUAAGUUUGAGGACAAAACGGUAUGAAAUGCAUUCCAAGUUUGGUCGUCAAUAACUUUCUCAAACACCUUCGAUAGCGAAGUUAACAUUGAGACAGGGUGGUAGUUUGCUUUGUCUUUGUCAAUGCCCCGUUUAAAGACAGGAGUGAGGCGCGCUUGCUUCCAUUCAGACGGCAAUGAGCGAUUCAGAAUACAGAAGUUGAUCAACUUAGUCACCUCUUCGGUAAGAACUAGGGAUCCCAAACGCAAGAUUCGUGGUGAAGUGCCGUCUACCCCAGCUGCCUUUCUCGGAUUAAGGUGGUCCAGAAUGUUGUAGAUAUGUGACGUACUGUCUGGGGAGUAGUUAAACUCGCUUGAGAAACGUCGAUUGCUUAUUGCCGUAAUACUAGGAUGGUCAGUGUCAGAUCUAUGCUCUAACUGAACAAUAUUGGCAAAGUAAUCACUGAAGACUUGAAGGCUACACACCCAGGUUCGGAAAAAAACACUACUACCGUCAACGAGGAUGACGCCUUGUACGUCUUUACCAGAACUAGUUAGCAAAAGGGGCUUAAUUUUUCCCAAAAAUUCGCCCCAAUGUUUAGGAAGCGUCACUGCAGAACGUUUUCAAAGCGUUGCGCUUUAGCGAUGUAAUUUAACUUCAAAUUAGGAAGUUUCACGUCGUAGUCCGGCGUGCAGGGAUGGCAAGGAAAUGUACCAAAAAGCGUGUUUGUUUUGCUGAUUAGACUUAUUGGUUUUCAUGUUCUCGUUGCAGUCGCCGUUGUCGUUGCUAACCCCCCUAAUCAGGGGCACCCAACGACAAUUUUUGGAAAACAUCUGUUCGGAAGACGAUUUGAGAUCUAGAAUUUUCGGAACAUUCGUUGUAAAUUCUUGCUUGCCUGCCUCUCCUAGGAUUUUCGAACUCCCCAAAAAUGGUAUAAUUGCCUAUUUUUAACGGAUUUUUACGCUAAAAAGGUCACCUAGAAUUUUCGGGAGCCUUUUUUCUGGCUGAAAUUUUCGAAAAGGUAAGUUUUGAUCCCUAUAAUUUUCGGAUCACUAGACUUUCAGCUGGGAAAUCCGAACAGAUGAAAUAUUUUUAGGGGAUAAAAGUAUGCCUAUAUCUACCGUUUAAAUACUAAAAUACGUUCAACAAUGCUAUGUUUAAGUGCUUUUGAACUAUAUUCUCGUUGGGUGCCCCUGCCUAAUAUUAUUUAGGCACCCCGGUUCUGCUGUUGACGUGGCAUAGAACUUCCGUAACAUGUGAUUUCUUUUUUAGGUAUGUAGUGCCUUUUGUAUUGCAAUCUUCUGCAAGAUGUACUUGGGGUUUGCAGUAUGUGCUUUAUUGAUGGAAGUGAGCAGCGUCUUCCUGCAUUUCAGAAGAUUAAUGUGCCUUCGUGGAGUGAGCAAGAACAGUCUGUUAUACCAAGUUAAUGGCAUAUUCCUGUUAAUAACUUUUAUCAACUUUAGAUUUCUCACCUCUGCUUGGAUGACAAAUUUUUGCAUCAAACGCCACAAUACAUUGCCAUUUUCCCAUUUUUUAUUUUCUGUAGUUGGCAUGGCAGUUAUGACAGCACUCAACGUAAAACUUUUUGUGGCACUAUGGCAAGCGGAUUUUAAGUCAGGCCAGACUAAGAAAGUGGAUGAUUAGAUGCCAGCUGCUUUCGGGUAAUGCGUCUGUUGUUGAAAAUAAGUUAGCCUUAAUUCGUGGCUGGCGUUUGUGGGGAAAAGAAAGGGACAGUUAAGGCGUGGCUGGCGUUUGUGGGGAAAAGAAAGGGACAGUUAAGGCGUGGCUGGCGUUUGUGGGGAAAAGAAAGGGACAGUUAAGGCGUGGCUGGCGUUUGUGGGGAAAAGAAAGGGACAGUUAAGGCGUGGCUGGCGUUUGUGGGGAAAAGAAAGGGACAGUUAAGGCGUGGCUGGCGUUUGUGGGGAAAAGAAACGGGACAGUUGAGGCGUUGCUGGCGUUUGUGGGGAAAAGAAAGCGACAGUUAAGGCGCGCUCCCAUGGCGUUCUUUGGCAGGGAAACGAGGUUGUACGGGUUUUAGCGAAAAUGUCCUGUCGACGGUAACAAGGUGUGAAAUGUUAGAAGAUUUAUCAUAUUGCACUCGGGAGAGGGCUUUACCACUUUCAAUACAAAUAACUUUGUUAAAAGAUAAAAUUAGUAUAGGUAAUAACUUGAUUUGUAGUGAUAUUUGGCAUAAAUACGCCGGGUGAUAUUUCUGGCAAAAUUGUUAUACGUAAUUUCACGAGGCGUUAGGCGAGUGAAAUUUAAGACAAUUUUGGAAUAUCACGAGUGGUGUUUAUGCCAAAUAUUACUAUUAUUUGUUUAUACUACUACCCGGGUUUGUAAUUUUCACAUGUAGGUAUUUCAAAUUAAGCUGAAAGACCACUGCUAUGAGCCAAUCAAAUUGCAGAAAUUUCUCAUGUAGUAGUAUACUGGUUAAAUUACUGGUUAGAAAGUAAAAUUACGUCCUUUCGCCCUUUCCCUGCUCCAGCCUUCAAACGCCAGUCACACAGGCUAAAGAUUACUGGACAGUUGAACCUCUCUACUGCACAACGGCCACCUUAGGGACAGAAGAAAGUGGCCCUUGUAAAGAGGUGGCUGUUAUAAGAGAGGUUUUAACCAAGAGUCAAUGAACGAAUUUUUUGUCGGCCUGGACGAAAAAAGUGGCCGUUGUAGAGAGGUGCCGUUAGCGGAGGUUCGACUGUAGUAUUUUGUGAUGCGGAAAUAGAGCCGAGAUACCUUAAAUGAUCUAAUAGACCUCCGGGGCGUUAACCCUUUAAAAGUCCCAAUGGUGACCAACAUCAAUUUUGUCCUAACAAUAUCCACAUUGUCAAGAGAUUAGACUAUGAGAAAAUGCUUUGAUCUUUUAUCAAAUUUCCUCAACACAUUCUUUAAGGAAAUAUAUAGAGAUCAAUUUGGUGAAUAUUUAUGUGUAUGUUGGGCUUAAAGGGUUAAUUUUGAUUUUUUUAGGGUCCAAGAUGGGGCGUUAAAGAGAUAGCAGGCGUUUAAAAAGAGAGGCAUUCAUUCUCAUAACUGUAACAAGCUCGACAAAACUAAUAUGCUUUGGAGCGAAAAUAUCGGCAAAGGUUAUAAACAGCAGAAUAUCCACCAUUGAUACGUGCAGAUAUCCAUAUCGUUCUUUCAAAUCUCAAAGAAGUAACUUCUAGCUGGGUAUCCUCGUUCAAUGUCACUUUGUUUUCACUGUUAGCCCAUCCUUUAUACUUUGAACUUGACAUUGAAUAAGAUACAAUGCACAAAAACCCUUGUUAAUCAAGGAAGAAACUGAACAGCUUGAAUGAUUUUAAUCCUUUUUGCUAUUUCCUAGUAUUUUGGAGUAAUUGCCAUGGGGGCGUCUAUUAGGCAGGGGGCGUUUAUUAUAGAGGGGCAUCUAAUACAACCUUAACAUCGUAGGAGGGCGUUAAUUAGACAAGAGGCGUUUAUUUGAGAGUGGGCGUCUAUAGAGCGUUUUCACUCACGUGACCAGCAUCCACGCAAAUUUAUGGGAACCAAAGAAGGCGUUUACAUAAGAAAAGAGAUCAACUCCCACAGGACUGGUUUGGAACACCAAUAUGGCCGCCCUGACGUCAUGUGAAAACGCUCUAUUGGAUCAUUUACGGUUAUCAUUUCAUCAGGUCUACACUGCAUAUUGUUUAUUCACAUUGAAAAAUUAUUUUAAUUUAUUGUUGAUCCAGGACGGUGUUAUCGCCGUUGAUAAUAUCCUCUGAGUUCUGCGUAAUUUUUCAUUUCAUACGAAAGCCCGAAUACAAUAUUUGUUUCAUAACUCACUCAAAAUAUUUCUAAGCUCUUAACAUAGACUUUAAUUUCUUCAAAACAUUUGUCUGUUUCUUGGCAAAGUUUCAGAAUAUGACAAGAUGUUUUAUCCUUACAGUUACGCUUCAAAAACCAGAUUGCAUCCAUCGAGCAAUAUUUUCUUUGCCUAAUCUUGUAUUUCGUCUUUGGAUAGCCAUGACUGAAUUCUCGCCAUUUUCUUGAGUUGUGCACUCGUGCCAAAAACGGCGCGCAAAUCUGCCGCGCCGUUGCCUGGAAAUGUCGUUGCGAUUUAUAUUACUGACAAUAUAUUAUCGUAUCGAUUGUAUUUUGCCCCAUUUUCCAUAUUUGUUCGGCGCCAUCUGGUUGCAAAAAAACGGCGAAAAGUUUUGAAAGAAGAAUAAUAGGUAUUAGAAUAAUGAUGACAAUAUUGAUGAUAAUUUAUUACUUCUAUGGUGCAAGUUUAUAUUGUACAUGGUCAAAUGCUUGUUAUCGCC